AUGGCGCAAGGACAGAGAGUGCGACGUGCACAACGAUAUAGGUUGCCAUGGCGGGACUGUGCUUGUCAGGAGACCUGCAACGAUACCACCGGAGAUGGGCAUAGCACAAACGCUGAGCAUGCCCAGAACCCAAGAAGGCCGCGUUUGGGUGGUUGCAUGAUACGCGAGAGAGAGCCUGAGUGCGUGCAGUACAAAGAUGAGCUUGACGGGAAGUCCCGGGAUGCCUAUGGCAGCAACAGUGUUCACGAGCGUGGCGACUGGCUGCAAUGCGUGAGAACUGAACUGCUCAAGGAUCCCCUGCUUCACGAGCUGGGCCCACAGAGGAGAAGGGAAGAGCGAGAAGCAGCAGCAGCAGAGAUGAGGAGUACACGCACCCUCUCACAGGUACUCGGCCCAUCGUCCCCGCCGCCAGCCACAGCGCCAAAUGCAAAUACCGGCAACAAGCGCAAGGCAUCGGCCAUGCUCCAAGCAAGCUACAAGCUCACCACGGACCAAGUCAACACUGUCAUUCACAGCCUCGCCCUACCUGACCGCGAAGUAGCAGCGGCGACUGAACACAGCAACGACGCGGCCAGUGCAACGCAUUUCGGUGGAGUACAAGCGUAUGCUAAAUUAGCGGGCCGCGACUGGACGUACUACGUCAAGGCGCUCGAGGUGAGUAUCGGCAGAGCGAGUGAGAUUGGUGAUGCUACACCCUCGCAAGUGGAUUUGGAUCUGGGGCCUGCAAAGGUGAUUAGCAGGUUGCACGCCAAAAUCGAGUACGACUUGCAGGAACGGUUCUGGAAGUGUUCGAUUGUCGGCCGCAACGGUUUGAAGGUCGAUGGCAAGGUCUACAGAGACCGCAAAACGGCACGUCUCUCCUCUGGCCAAAUCUUGGAGUUGGGCGGUGUGCAGAUGAUGUUUGUCCUACCAGACUCUCCGCCGGAGGAGGAGGUCAAUACGCGUGUCUCGUUGCCGCAUAUGUUGCCGUAUACGCCUGCGCCGACGACUCCGGGCCCAUCGACAGGCGAAGUGGAUUACGCUGCGGAUAAUGCCAGAGAGAUGAAGCCACCCUUCUCCUAUGCGACGCUCAUAUCGCAGGCCAUCUUGUCGAACGCGGAUCGUACACUGACCCUGGCGCAAAUCUACAGCUGGAUCUCGUCACACUACAGCUGGUAUCGGUUCGCAAAAAGCGGUUGGCAGAACUCCAUCAGGCACAAUUUGAGUCUGAACAAAGCCUUUGUCAAGGUUCCACGCAGGGCCGAAGAGCCAGGCAAGGGCAUGAAGUGGACGAUCCAAGAGGAGUUUGUCGACGAGUUUGUCAACAAGUCAAGACGACCGGCUACGCAAAAUGGGUCUCGUGCGAGUAGUGUCAAGCGUCGGCGGAAGGAGGAGCCUGCUGCUUCACUGACUCCUCCUCCACAGCAGCAUCAGCAGCAGCAGCUACCCAUACCACUGCCGUUGCCGCAGCAUCAUCAUCAUCAUCAACAGCAGCAUAUGCAACAACAAGAGCCUCAAUCUCAGCAACAGCAUCCGCAACAAGACAUGCACUUACACCAUGCCAUCGCUGUUCCGAUUCCACAGCAUAUUCCACUGCAGGAAGCGCUGCCACGGUCCUCGCACGCCGCAUCACACAGUAUGCCUGUAUCGCGUGCCUCUGUCACGCCGCCUCUCCCAGGCCAUGCACCUGGUCCGGAGCGAGAUCGGAUCGCUCCGCUCAUGGCAACUCCGCCGUCUCUACCACCGUCUGCCAAACAGCAGCAGCCACUCUCGUCGCCUGCUCCGUUUUGGAAGUACAUGGUGAGUAACAUGACAACGCCGACGGGUACUUCGCAUGGAUUACUCUCACACAGCCCAACACAGCACCUCAGUCCUGGAUUAGCAUUGCAAGCGGCUAUGGAUAUUGAUAGUGAGACGGGACCAGUUGUUCCUGUGGUAGGGAGUCAGGGUACACCGUUACGAACAACAAUGAGUUCAGAGCGACAAAAUCUAUCACGGGGUGAAACCAUGCCGUCGCCUUCACGGAUGCAUAGGAAAAUUGAACAAACGGAUGGAGAUGCAGCAUUACCUGUGCUGCCGGCGGCGAAUGCGAGUAAUGGGGCAACGACAACGGGUAUGGAGCAGUUGUUUGACCUUGAAGGCGUCGACCUCCGUAAAGGCUUCCCCGAGAUUUCACGAUGGAGCGAGACGAGAGAAGGUGAAGCGGCCCUGUAUUCCUUUUAA